CUUUUGUAAUGAGUCAGGACUGCUUCUCUGUUACUCUGUAUAUAUACCCGAUCAUGGACUGAACUUGAUUUUGCAGGGGGUGAGCUGGCGAAUCGUUUCUGGAUCUCGCUUGUUGUCUUUUUCUAAACUCUGCCCGGUUAUCAAUCAAAUAAGAACACUCAUGGAUAUUAUGGAGAUAUAGAAAGCACGAAUGACUUGUCGAGGAUUUAUUUGACAGCCCUUCCUUGUGAUGGCUUCUAAAAGUGUUCUGCAUAUAGCUUGUGGAAUAUGUAUAAAUCUCUUCCUGAUUUGCGCAGUCACAGCACAAGAUCCUUGUGAUAGUGGCCCUUGUAUUCCCCCGUCUACCUGUGUGUCAGGAGGGGGUCGGUUCUUAUGCCUGUGCUCCCAGAGCAGAGGGGACAGUCCAACCUUCUAUCAGGGAUCUACCUGUGAUCAGUCGACUCAAUCAACUUGCGGUGAGACAUUUUCCGACACCACUGGAGAGAUUCUCAGUCCCUCCUAUCCCGCUAACUACCCCAACCUCCAGGAGUGCGUUUACCUCGUCAGGGUGCUUGGUGCGUUGGACAUCACAUUCUACGUCAAUGAUCUGGAGAUCGAAACCACUCCUGGGAGCAGUGAUAAUGUCAUCAUUGGUCCAGGAUCGACUGUUGAUGUGAAUGGCGAAGGAGCCGUUCAAUCGUCAGGGGACGCUUUCACAGUAAGCUCUGAUCAAGCGUGGAUCUAUUUCACCUCGGAUCGAGAUACGAGCUUCAGAGGAUUUAACAUCACAUAUGAUUCAGAUAGAGACAACUGCAGAGACACCCCGUGCAAUAACAAUGGAACCUGCACUGAUCAAGAGUAUGACUAUAAUUGCAGUUGCUCAGAUGGCUGGACUGACAAAAAUUGCACUACAGAUAUCGACGAGUGUGAGGUUGUAGACUGCAUCAAUGGCGGCGUUUGUGAAGACAUGAUCAAUGGUUUCACCUGUAUCUGUAUUGAUGGAUUCUUUGGCACCUUCUGUGAAAUAAAUAUAGAUGAAUGUUCACCAAACCCAUGUAAAAAUGGCGCUACUUGUAUCGACGGGAUUGCUGGAUUCUCCUGCAUAUGCGCACCAGGUUACACCGGAAUCGAAUGUGAAGAAGAUAUUAAUGAAUGCAACUCUAAUCCUUGUUUGAACGGCGGCCGUUGCUCAGAUAAGGUUGAUAGUUUUCUGUGUAUCUGCGAUCUUGGAUUGACGGGAUCCAUAUGUGAAAUAGACAUCCAGGAAUGUGCUAGCAAUCCUUGUAAGAAUGGAGGCACUUGUAGAGAAGUUGGCCUGAACGCCUACACGUGCUCCUGUGCUCCUGGAUAUUCUGGUCCAACCUGCCGAGAAGAUAUCAAUGAAUGUGCCAGCAACCCUUGUCAAAAUGGAGGAGCAUGUGCGGAUGAAAUCAACGGAUUCUUGUGUGACUGCUCUCCUGGUUUCAACGGGACAACCUGCCAAUUUAAUAUCAACGAAUGUGCAAGUACCCCGUGUCAAAAUGGAGCAAUUUGUAUAGAUGAAAUCAAUGGAUAUCGAUGUGACUGCCGGGUUGGUUUCAACGGAACGAAUUGCGAAUCUAAUAUAGAUGACUGUUUACCGAACCCUUGUCAAAAUGGAGCAACCUGUAUCGAUGGGAUUGGUGGAUUCACCUGCACAUGCGCACCAGGUUAUACAGGUCCCUCAUGUGAUGAAGAUAUCGACGAAUGUAAGAGUAAUCCGUGCCAAAAUGGUGGUAGUUGUACAGAUGUAGUCAAUGGAUAUCUCUGUGUAUGCUCACCCGGGUAUAAUGGAUCUGAGUGUACAUCAAAUAUUGAUGAAUGUGCAUCGAACCCCUGUCAGAAUGGCGGUACUUGUGCGGAUGUAAUCAAUGGGUAUCAGUGCACCUGCUCUCCAGGAUAUACAGGAUCAGAUUGCGCUUCAGAUAUCAAUGAAUGUGCAAGUAACCCGUGUCAAAAUGGAGGAAACUGUAUGGAUGAAAUCAACGGCUACAACUGUGACUGCUCACCGGGUUACACUGGAACAGAAUGUGCAUCAAAUAUCGAUGAGUGUGCAUCAAACCCUUGCCAAAAUGAUGGUACGUGUACGGAUGAAAUCAACGGCUACAACUGUGAUUGCACACCGGGUUACAAUGGAGCAGAAUGUGCAUCAAAUAUCGAUGAGUGUUCCUCGAACCCUUGCCAGAAUGGUGGUACUUGUACGGAUGGAAUCAAUGGAUAUCAAUGCGCCUGCUCUCCAGGAUAUACAGGAUCAAAUUGCGCUUCAGAUAUCAAUGAAUGUGCAAGUACCCCGUGUCAAAAUGGAGGAAACUGUAUGGAUGAAAUUAACGGUUACAACUGUCAAUGUUCACCAGGUUUCACUGGAGCAGAGUGUGCAUCAAACGUCGAUGAGUGUGCAUCGAACCCCUGUCAGAAUGGAGGCACGUGUGCAGAUGAAAUCAACGGAUAUCAAUGCGAUUGCCUGCCAGGUUAUAACGGAUCAGACUGUGAAUCGAAUAUCAACGAAUGCGCCAUUAACCCGUGUGAAAACGGAGCAAUGUGUAUAGAUGAAAUCAAUGCAUAUCGAUGUGACUGCCUGGUUGGUUUUAACGGAUCGAAUUGUGAAUCUAAUAUAGACGACUGUUUACCGAAACCUUGUCAAAAUGGAGCAACCUGCUUUGACGGGAUUGGUGGAUUCACCUGCACAUGCGCACCAGGUUAUACAGGAUCCUCAUGUGAUGAAGAUAUCAACGAGUGUGAAAGCAACCCGUGUCAGAAUGGCGCCGCGUGUACCGAUGAAGUCAAUGGAUAUACUUGCAAUUGCUCUGCAGGUUAUACAGGAACGCAUUGUGCAUCAGACAUCGAGGUAUGUCAGAGUAUCACAUGUUUGUAUGGUGGUGUAUGCAGUGACUUAAUCAACGGAUAUCGUUGUGACUGCGCCCUUGGUUAUACUGGAUCAAACUGUGAAACAGAUGUGAACGAAUGUGAAAGUAGCCCUUGUCUCAAUGGAGGAGCCUGUGAGGAUGAAGUCAAUGGUUAUACGUGUAACUGCUCUCAGGGAUACUACGGGGAAAACUGUGCCUCUGUUUCCGAUGUCUGUAGACCCUGGUCAUGUUCUAACGGAGGCACAUGUGUGAGCCUAGUUCAAGGUUCUACUGACUACAUUUGCGAGUGUCCUGUUGGAUAUUUCGGAGAUCGAUGUGAAAUCGAUAUCAACGAAUGUAGCAGUCUACCCUGUCAAAAUGGUGGCACUUGUGUAGAAGGAGUCGGUGUAUACCAAUGCAAGUGCAGACAAGGGUACUCCGGUAGGAAUUGUCGAACAGUUGGAUUCUGUGACCUUUCGGGUGACUGGUACAAUGAAUGUAACGAUCGUAUAGACAUUGACCUAACUUCAACCGGACUGAUCCUUGGGGAUUACAUUACCGAUCUCGCCAACUCUACUGGUCAAGGGCCUCUAGGCCACCUCAUAGGCUACGCAUCACGUCGCUAUCAUUAUACCACCUUCGGUUUUACGCUCUCCGAAGAUGGAGGUAAGAAGGUAACCACGUGGACUGGCCAGUGUGCGCUGUGCGGGGGUGAAGAAAUCCUUUUUACGAUGUGGACUUCGUGUAAGAGAACGAAUGGCUGUGAAGACGCGAAGAAAUCGUUCGGAGUAGGGCAAGAUAAAUGGACGAGGUAUAAACAAAGUAUGGCACCAGCGAGGAAACCGUAACCCCCUCUCUUGCUUCGUGCAUGUAGAACCAUGCAUAUCGCCAUACAUUUCAUUUAUGUGCUAUAAGUAUGAUAACAUAUAUGGUUACGGCAGUUGAGCAGUUGUUGCACUUGUAUAGUUUUGUAUUGCUCAUCACAUUUGGAUUGAUGUUUAUGUGACGUAAUAUAUAAAGUAGAAGUAGAUAUGUCGUGGUCUAGUGGUUACGUCACCAGACUGUUGAUCACAUGGUUCGCGGUUCGAGUCCCGCCGCGACACUAAUGUCCUUUGGCAAGACAUUCAUCUGAAUUUUCCACUCUCGACCCAGGUGUAGUAGAUGGAUACUUGGCAGGGAUUUAUUUAUUGAAUGCUUUUACCGACUUAGGGUAUAGCUGGGUUAAAGCCAGCGUUAUAAUAUUACUUUAUAGGCGCCUUGUACAUGCCAAGGGAUGGAUGAGUGCGCAAUAUAUAUGUAGCUAUUAUAUUAUUAUCAAAUCAAGAGAGAUUUCUAAAAACACCCUUCUAUUUUCGAAGCCUAAUAUUUUAUAGUUAGCGUCAGACAAAGGAUCUUUACAGUGCAUAACCCACUAUCGCAAUGUCCCUGUCAGCUCAACGGCAUAAUGAUACAAAGGUUUUUUUUUUUAAUGAUACAGCUUGAUGCUGCAAUUUCAUUAUGGUAACAGAUGUACGAGAAUAUUGUAAAAAGAAAAGCUUGUGCAAAUACUCGUAUCAGUACUGUUUUUGUUCUGUAAUAAUGUGUGGUAGACCGAUUAAAUACGACUUCUAAGAUUCUAUAUAUAAAUAAUAAACUUAGAAGUUGGGAGGUUAUUAUAUGUAUUAUCAGUAACAAUUUCUAAAAUUGCUCUAAAAUUGCUUAUUUCUGCAUACAUUGUAUUUUUUAAGGGAUGUGAAAUAAAUCAUUUAAAUUUGAAGACACAAAUGAAUUUGAAUGGAAUAUACAUACAUAUAUAUUGCCUAUUUAUUGUGCUUGUUAGAAGGGCUCAUUGUCUUGGAAAUGCAUGUAAUGUCUCCUUUUUGUGCCUGAGCCCCUUAAAAACAUAUAGAGCUACGUCACGUUCGUCCUUUUUUUUAAAACAAAAUGGCGUUCAAUUUUCUUUCUAGUUAGAGCUGCUUAGCUCAGAUUUGAAUAUAAAUGUUCGUCUGCUAACUGCUUCGUUAUAGUGGUAAAAGAACGGCAUAUAAUAUCAUGGGUUAUCGUAAUUCUUCUACGAAGGGACUCUUUGCUUCAGAUACUUAGCGUCAUUUAUGUUAAUGGUGACAAUCGUAUUUGUGCAUGGAAUACAACUGACCGUUAUUUUAAGAAGGCCCUAAUCUAGCAAUUUAAACGAUUAUUUGUAAUUAUAAAUGAUCAUUUGAUUAGUUUCAGUCACAAAAGGCAAUGCAAAUGUGAUAUUUUCCCCCUUUUCAAUUUUUGUCACAUAUUUGGGGGAUUCUACGCCCUCUAACGUUUGGGGUUAGGGGACCUGCCCCUGAUAGCAAUGUAGUUAUAUAUACGAAUUACUAUCUUGCUAAUGACGCCAUAAAUCCCUCCUGUUUUCAUAUUCAAACAUUAGACUGAAGUUUGGUGCAUGUGUGUUUUAAUAUUGUGAUACUCUAAUCAUUUUUACAAAUCAUCAUUUUUUAUACUAUGAUCAUAUAAUUUUUCAAAUAAAAUUAUUCGAUGA